AUACUCAUUAAAGAGAACAACAGAGAAGUAAGAAAUAUUUUGAUAGUUGGUCGCAGUGGUAGUGAAAAGUCAAGCUUGGCUAAUAAUUUGUUUAACGAAGAAAGUGACUUUAUGCAAGAGAAUAUAAGAUACUGUUUGGCUGAUACUAUUGGACUAGGAGACACUAAAUUAACCGAUAAAGAAGUCCUUUACAGUAUAGCAAAAACAAUUGGUUUGAUGAAGGAAGGAAUAAGCCAUCUCUUAUUUAUUAUUAGUGAUAGAUUUAACCAAGAGGAAAGAGAAAAUUUCAGAUUAAUUAAAAAAGUCAUGUUUGAAAGUAAUAUUGGCCCUUAUACUACUAUUGUCCGAACGAACUUUGGAGAAUUUAAUGAUGAAACUGUAUGCGAUUCUGAUAGACAAGACUUAAUUAAAGAGAGUAAAGAGAUUAAAGACACAAUUGAAGAUAUGUAUCAUGCAAAAAGACAGGCAAAGAUUAAAAAAAAAGCUACUAGAUCAUUGAAGAAUAAUUACAAAGAAAAUUUUAAACUAAAAUCUUGGGACAAAAUAUACAUUAGAAUUAAUGAAUAUAUCUCCAAAUCAAUUAUGAAAGAUAACCAAUAUGAUACUAUUUUUAAUGAUGUGGCAAUGCUCAUUCGUACGGAGUUACCAUCGAUGAUCUUAAUUAAAAAAACUGUUCACGUAGAACCGUCUGAGAAAUCUGAAUCUUCGGGAUAG